ACCGCUUCCUGUGUCGUGGAGUAAACCCGGUAACAUUUGUGAUUCGGGUUUUGACCUAGACAGGUGGACUGUAAGCAAAGAAAGUCGAAACUUUUUUUUUUUUUGCUGCUGUGGAUAUGGAUUUCAAAAUACGUGCUGCAACAAAAGAAGACUGCAAAGAAAUAUCAAGAAUGAUAAUGGAGUUGGCAGUUUAUGAAAAAAUGCCCGACCAAGUGAAGAUAUCACAUGAAGAACUGGAGUGUGACGGUUUCUGCCAGCAUCCCUUCUUUGAAUGCCUCAUUGCAGAAGUACCCGAGGAGCAUAAAUCAAAAGACGGAUUCACAGUUGUUGGAUACGCCCUUUACUUUUACUCUUACAGUACAUGGAAGGGACGGUCAGUUUAUUUGGAGGAUCUAUAUGUGAUGCCAGAAUUCAGAGGAAAUGGCAUUGGCAAGGGUUUACUCAGCAAAGUUGCUGAGAUUGGGAAAAAGAAGCACUGUGUGCGGUUACAGUUGUCCGUGUUGAACUGGAAUACUCCUGCUCAAGAUUUUUAUGCUGCUAAAGGAGCUCAGGACCUCACUGUCAAUGAAGGCUGGCACUGUAUACGUUUUGAUGGACAGGACCUGGACAAUUUAGCAGAUGAAGCACCUAAAGAUUAGUAGUUUUCCAAUGAACACGUGUGCUAUUUCUUGUCGGUUUGUUUUCUUUUUGUUUUCUACUAUAAACAUUCAUUGUAAUACAAUGCCAACAUAAGCUUGUUUGUAAUGAUUUAUCUCUACCUAGUCUUUGUCCUAAUUUAACAGACUUAUGUCUUAAUUUAAAGUCAAACACAUUUACUAGGACUUACAUAUGAUUUAUAAAUAUGACUAACUAUCUGCAUGAGCUAGUCUAAAAGUAGGAAGUCAGAGGCAGCCCGAUUUGUUGUUUGUUCUUGGAAGAUGUCCCUCUCUUGAAAAUGGUCCAUCUUUGAUGAGUUCCAUGUUAGGUGAAAAAGUACAUGAUAUAAUUUGUCAACUCUGAGAAGUGUGUGUGGGCCAUCAGGGAAUGCCAUGGGCCAUAGAUUCAGUUCUCUGUUGGUUAAUGGAGUCAAAGGAAAUGGGUUAUAUAGCUUGGUGGAUGAUGUGCAACAGGCUGUGUAACCCAAAACUCCUUUAUUUGAACAUGAGAACUGGUGUUACUGUUUUAUUACUAAUAUUGCUCAACAGCUCUGUUCAUCACUCUUUGAUGGAAAGCAUAAUCUUGCAUUAACAUGCUCAUGAUUUGGUACUUUCACUGAAAAUGAUAUUUAUUUUGUGUAUAAAAAAUGCUCAAAUCCACAGGAACAUAUGUAAAAUUACCCAUGAGAAAACUGUGUAACAUUACAUUUGAAAUAUACACAUGCGGAAAAAGGUUAAAAUACAAAAAACCAUGGGCCAUACUUUCAGUUCUAUGUUUACAAUUGUUUCAACCCUGUUAUCCAGGUGUUCUGGUUCAGAAGUGGGAAUCAAAAUCACACAGGGUGAAAUCCCUGGUGUACAGCAGCUAUUACUAGUCACAGUUGCAGGUUAAAAAUGACAAAUUUCCUUGAUGACUACUGCACAGUCAAAGGCACAGAAUGAGAUCUACUUCUUAUUGUGGCUAUAAAACUGGAAUAUGCCAAUGUAUGGAAUCUGAAUAUGUUGCAGAGUAACAAGAUGUGUUUUAUGAAACUGUCGUAGCUCUCAUCUUUCUCGACCAGAAAACCUGCAGCAGGUUUAAGAUACGUGGAUAUAAGAAACAAUUACAUAUAACAUACAUUUCUAUAGACAUGAGCAAAAACAAUUAAUUGUUGAACAGUUUAAGGUUAUCUGAAGAUUAAAUAUUGGUUAGCCUGGAGCAAGUUAGUAUGGGAAAAUACAGUAUAUGUUGGAAUACUGAAGCAAUUUUCAUGGUAUAUAAACAUUACAAAUUGCUAUGAAUCAAAUAUGCAUUCUUAAAAGGUUUAGAAUAGAUAAAGCCAAUAAAUCCCCAAAUCAAAUCAAGGUUACUGCUA